UAUAAUAAUAGUUGUCAAUGGUUUUCGCGCCAUAAAUGUACAAAAAUGUUGAUAUUCAAUUCAUAUCGAAUAAAAUAACAACGUUUUAAUCAAUAAUUACUAUUGAAAUACGGAUAACCAACCAUGCCAGAAGAAAUGUUAAGCGUUGACCUGAACAACGUUCUAGAUAUUCUAGAAGACAAUAAUUUUAAUACAUAUAUAACAAGGAAUCACAAUUUUAAAUUGCUCGUAAGUGCACUAGAAAAUGGAGUUGUCCUGAGCGGUUCCAUAGUGGACAGGAUCUUGUCAGUGUGUGAGAAGGAUUUAAAGGAUGAAAAGAAACACUGUAUCAAUAUACUAAAGAUCAUCAAUAUCAUCUUAAAAAAAGUAGAGGUAGGAGAACUAUCACCACCACAGCAACUACUGUCAUCUGCCUUAGCAAUUGUACAUGUUAUGAAAACAACAGCGCUUCUACAUAAAGUGGAGUCAAUGCAAAUUAUAUGCUGGGAGACAUUUUUGGCGUAUCCUGAUAGUGUUUUCAUAUCAAUAGCCACUUCACACACUUCAGAAUUGAUUGAGAUUUUUAAUUUAUAUAUCCAUUCAAGAAAUACAAUAGCAAUUAGAAGAAUGCUAUGUGAUGUAGUAUUAAAAUUGACAAAGGUUUUACCGCAAGAACAAAAAACAAUAUUUAUCCAUAAUUUCUUAAGUGUUUGUUUCAAAUUGAUACCCACUAUAUUUGAGUGUGCUCAUUUGGAUGGUUCAACAAAUAUUAUAGAAACCUUGGAAGUAUUAACAGAGGAACUUAAGACUAUUGAUUAUACCAAUAAUCCAGAAUGGGAAAUACUUUUUGAAUCAAUUUAUAAUCCAAAAAAAUUGCCUGCAAGUAUGGAGAAGUUAUUGGAGAAUGGAUGUCCUACCUGGCACAGAUUAUGGAUUGCUGCUAUAAAGCUUCUCAAAAAUCAAAUAACACGCAACAAUACAAAUGUAGGCAGUCCUAUCAAUUCACUGCUACCAGUGGUUGAAAAGGCUUUCAAGAUGGAUGCUGAAAAUCGAUGUCGUGCAUUUCAAUGUUGGGAGGUGUUGAUUGAUAAUUUUCUACCAGAGCCAAAUGAAGUUUACUUAACUAAAAGACUGAAAUUGUUAUUAAUACCCUUACAUUCAAAUAAUGCCAAAUCUGAAGAUAUUGUGAUUGCAAAAUUUAACACAUGGUGGCAUUUAAUAAGGCAGAGUCAAAAUAAGAUUGAUAAAUUUAUAGAAAAAGUAAUAAUAUCAUUUCUAAAUUUCUGUUUUGGGAAAAACGUUGUAUCUGAUAAAACUAUCCUUGUACCUGGGCUAUUGUCUAAGAAAACUAAAAAUUUUGGUAUAGAAGCAUUAACAGAAAUUGCAGGUCAUUUAAAGUGUCAUGGUUGCGGGAAGUUGCCAAAACUUAAUACAAGAAUUAUAAGCACAAAGCAUUUAGUGAGUUAUUGGAAUCAUCUUGCAUAUUUCUUGCAAAAAUCUAUUCAAGUAGCAGUCAAUGAAUCAAUUGGAAUUACAGCGGCUCAAGUUUUAUGCUUAUGGAAUUCAUUUGUUUUGACCAUUGGUGAAUUGCCUGAAAAUAAUAUUAGGAAAGAUAUUUUUACUGAACUGCUGACAGUUUUAGUAAAACUCAUACAGGAUUGUGAGAAAAAUUAUCUUGCUUUGGGUAAAAUGUCAGACAUGGUAUUGAGUUUGGUUUACUCAUUAUUUGAACAUGGCAAUGACACCGUUGACAUGCUUCUCAAAACAAAGCUGCCUAAGGAUGAUAAUGAUGGGCCAAUGUAUAAAAUUAUUCAAAUUAUAUUAGGUCCAGCAUCAAAUUUUAUUUACAAAAGUGACAAUAUUCAAGGAUCUAUUGACAGAUUGAAACCUGUGACAAAUUUUGUUAUGAAUGGAAUAUUAUGUUGUCCUAAUGACUUAGUGGAAUGGAUCUUAAAGAAUAUGCAUCCAAAUGAUAAUACUUUUAUUAUAUGGAUAGCUCUAUCUGAAUCAGUAUAUGAAAGUAACAUGCCACUGUCUGAAAAGAAUUUACACGAACUACUGAUGUGGCCAGUGCAGUCUGUUAAUAAAUUCUCUGAGAUAAGAUUUUCCGGUUUAAAAUGGUACGGUUUAUACGAUACUGUAUAUUCCAAAAUCAAGACUACAAAUGCAACUAAGGAAAUUUCAAAAAUACUGUCAUCUGUCAUUAUGACUAAAACAAAUAAAUAUUUUCUUCUGUCUGUAACUCUCGCGCUGGUGAAGCAUAAGUUACUAAAUACAAAUACAGGCUUACAAAUGGAAUGUCAAAAAGAAAUUGAAAUAUUGAUAGAUAUUGUCAAUACAGUGGAAAAUUAUGAAAGUAUUGAAGAAGAAUUUCCAAUACUGGUGGACGUCCUUGUUCUCUUGAUGGACAAACGGCGGCAAAUUGAAAAUGAAUCAUUAAUGUUACGUGUUAUGACAGUUAUCAUUGAAGUUAUUAACCUACUUGCUGCUUUUUCAGAAAACUCAGUAAAUAGCCCUAUUCAGAUUUUAGUUUUUCUUGAAACACUUCUUAAUCCAGUUAAAAAAAUACUUAAGAGUAAAAUGUAUCCACAACUAGACAUUCCUGAAAAAGAAAAGCUAAUGAAGAGUUUGUGUACUAUUUCGAAAAACCCAUCACUGAAAUCUGUCGUCGUUGACAUACUAAAAUCAUGGUUAUAUGAGACAAAAGAAGACAGUAUAGUAGUAAAAACAGUCCUAAACGCCAUUGAAUAUAAUGGAAACACUUCAACGGUAAAAGUUGAUAAAGAAAUUGAUAAAAAGGAUUUUACUUCUCCUAAAUUAAAGAAAAUGAAUAAAAGCAUAAAAAGGGAUACGAAAAUUCUUAACACUGUUGUUGAAAAUGGUGAAGAAUAUGUGGUUGUUAAGUCAAAUUGGAAGUUCAAUCCUAAAAAAUUGACAGAAGUUCAAAAAGAAAAGUUACAAAGAAAAAGAGAAGAUAUUCCUGCGUUAUAUCAAGAUUUAUCUCAAUCGCAAGAUGACUUUAAAUUAACAAAUUGGAAAACUGAUUCACAGGAUACAUCAACUUCUAAUAGCAAGUCGUCUAAUAUACGUGAAGAAGUUUCAUCAUUACUAAUGGACAUACCCAGCUCUGAUGUUGUACCUACAAUAAUAGAAAAUAUAAUGUCAGAUAACAGAAAAAAGGAAAUUGAAGAUACUAACUCAAAUAAACUAAAACCCAUAUCACCACUCGUUAAAGAUGUAAAGACACCCCGAAUUACUCUUAAAGAUAGAGUUUUCAGAAAUGUUAAGAUUCUCAUAGAAAAAUCUUCGUUACAAAAUGAAGGCAAAGAUAGUCUGCCUGAAUGUUCACAUCCUAUUGAAAGUAUACCCAAAACUACCUUAAAUGACGGCAAUAAUACCAAUCUGAUUCAUUCUGCACCUUCGAAAAUAAAUACCGAACGACCAUCACGCGUUAAAAGAAAACCUAGAAAAUUUGACGAUUCAGAGCUAUUUUUAAAUGUGAAAAAAGGAAGGCGCCAUUCUAUUCAAAUAGAUUCACAGUUAACGGAUAUUGAAGGAACUAAUACUAUUGAAGAUAAAUUAACAAAAGACGUUAACUUAAUACAAAAAAAUGCAAUAAUCCCAAAUGAAUGUAGUUCACCACAUGAGAAAAUGAAAGAUGCUGUCAAUAAAGUUACAAUAUUUGAAGAAAAGGGUAUUUCCAGUGACAGACUUAUAAAUAGUUCUUGUGAUAGUGCCCAAGACUGUCAAAUUCAAUUACAGAAUUCAGCUGUUAAUAACCUUCAAGCACAAAUUGAGAAAUCUAUAUUGUCGGAACCCGAUAUAACUGAUAAACAAAAUAUAAGUGUUGGAAAAAAGUCUCUGGAUUCAUUAGAUGAUGAUGACGCUAUAGAUAUUAUUACACCAAAAGAGAACAAAACAAUGGAUCUACAACAGUCGACGCAAAAGAAGAGAGUUAGAAAAUCUAGAAUUGAGAAAGAACUGGCUAUAGACAUGGUUGAAGGACAUCCAUUUUUGAAGGUACAGUCUGAGAAGAGAUUGACUAGGAAAAAUAUAAACAAUUGCAUAAAUAGUGGAAGGAGAAAAAAUUUAACAGACAAAUUAAACAAAUCUAAAACAGAUUUGAGACUGAACACAAAAAUUCCUAAAAAGACUAAAGAGAAAGAAAAUACUGAAAUCGAAUCAUCACGAGGUACCAGUAGUACAAGUAGGUCACAGAGUAAAAACGAAAUUAAGAAUGUUGAUACGCCAGAAGAUCUACCCUGUUCAGAAGAUGUUAUUGAAAGUUCUCAGGAUUCUUCUAUUACAACGGUCUCAACAAAAUCGACAAGACAGGUCAAUCGAAGAUUAUCUAUUGCAAAAGAUCCUGUUACGGAACACAAUCAUAAUUCUAAGUCUGUUUCUGAAACCCAAAAUUUGCUUAAUAUAAAUAGCCAAUCAUUGGAAACACUACCAAUUGAUCAAGAAUGUAACGACGAUACAAAUUUUUUACAAAACAAAACUGCAUUGGAUUCUCGGUUUGAAGCUGAUUUAACUGAAAAUAUGGAUACAGAACCUAUCCAUAAUGAUAAAUCUGGUAAAGUUAUAAUGACUAGUUACGAAAUGCAACCAAUAGUCAUUGAUAUGGAAAACAGUUUUAUAGGAACAGAAACACAAGAAUUAGCAGACGCUAAUACCCAGCCUACAAAUAAUAACGAUUUUCCACAAGUUUCCGAAUAUGUUGAAAGUAGGAGUAAUACUUUGGAUAGUACUGUAAAUAAUUUAAUGAUUGGGGAACAUUCAUGUAUAACUACUUAUGGUGAUAUUUCAUUAUCUAAACCAGAUAAAGAUAUCAAUGUAAGUAUAGACGACAAUGGAGCGUCUUCACCUUUGAAAAAUGAGGUACAAAGGAAAAAAGACUUUUUAGAUAACACAUUAGAGAUAUCUCCAAUAAAAACAAUGAGUCCUGUGAGAGACAAAAAAUCACCAUCGCCUGAAACUAGUAGUGACUUUGUGGUUAUAAAACUAACAUCACCUGUACAGAGCAAUGGUGAGCCUUUUGAUAAAUGUGAAUCACCAGAAAUUUUCACAGAUGAUAAAAUUUCGCCUGAUAAAAGGGAUCAGUCACCACCUCGUCAAGAAAUUAAUGUAAAUAAUAAUACAAGCCCAAGUUCAUCAUUAUCUUUAAAGAAAAAUAAACCCCAAGUACGCACUGGGGGCCGUGCAGCUCAAAUGUUAGGACUGUGUAUGCCUGUUACAAACAGAUUGCAAACAAUUACAAAUUUAGAGAAAUCCGAACCUGAGGAUUCUAAAAAAUGUAAUAUAAAUAAUACUCAAGCUAGGAGGAACUUAAGAAUUUUAUAUAAUUCUGUCAGUGAUAAUAAUGAACAUUUAGAGGAAAAUGAAGAUAAUAAAUGUUUUCUAAAGUUAAAACGAACUUUACCAACUUCUGACAAAAGUCCCUCUGGCCCAAUAUUGAAGAGAAAAUUGGCUGAAAUUGCAGAUGACGCUACAGUAUCUCCAGUGAGCAAGAGAAAACGAGUUAGCUUUCACGAUCCACCGGUCUCCACAACUAUAUCAGUACAAAAAUAUAUUGAACCUAGUGGAAUUCGAUCUCCACAAAGCUCGGGGCUUAAAAGACAAGAGAGACAGACGAGGUCCCAAACUAAUAUGAAAUCACCAAAAAGACUUGACAAUGUGUUCAAACUCGAGACUGUGCUAACUAAAGCUGUGGAAAGGUUUAACGAAAUUGAUCAAAACAUGAGCACUGAUGACACUCCAGUAACUUCUUUGGAUGAAACUCCUUCUGUCGAAGUUGUAAAGACCAGUGAUCUUAAUAAUGUUGACCCAAUUUGUCCAGAUUUAAUAGAUUGCACAGAUCCAAUAGAUAUUAUUGCUGGUGAUUUAUCAUCAUCAACAAUGAAAUUAAUGUUCCUAAAAGAAUUGGAAGAAAAAAUUGUCACUAUUGGUGAUUUAGCGAAGAUGACAGAACUUGAAAUAAAUCGAUUAUGUAUAAAGGCUCCAAAAGUCAAGAUUGCUAGAAAAGUGUUGACUGAAUAUGCUUUAAAGCAAGCUGUUCCACUCAAAGAACAACAAAUAGGAAAACAGGACCUUGAGACAGUUACUCUGGAGCCAGUGCUUCAGGUUAAGAGUACUGAUGUAGAUGUGCAGACUGAUGCCACUGUCACAUUAGACGUCGAGAUGCAAACUGUACCUACUUCAUUAAAAUAUGCCUAUACUCAGACUGAAAAGGCAAUAUCUGAUAUUGCUGUUCAAACUAACGAAUCUGGUCGUCAACCUACUAAUGAAGUAAUUGCAUCAUGUUUGUUAGAACGUCCGGAUUUCAUACAAAAACUUAAAGUACAACUAAAACAGGAUUCUAAGAAAUGUAUUGCUGAAAGUUUACCAUUGACAGCUCUUACUGAUUCUCUUUUGAAUCAAGUGACUGAUUUUAAUGCUCAAACAGUUAUUAGCAAGGUUUUAGAAAGAGUAUCGGAGACAAGCGGAUCAACUGAAAACAGAGAGUUAACAUUUUUAAUGUCAUAUUUAUGUGACAAGUUCCAAACUAGUGAUCUUAUUUUGUUCUGUAGUAAAUUAUUACAGAACAUACACAAUAAGCCCUUAUAACAGAUAGUACAAAAACUGCAUAGUUUUAUUAUAAGGUAUAAUUUUAACUGUUAUAAAAAUUAUGUCAACAAUUUUUUCUUACAUUAAUUCAAUGAUUAACUUAGUAGUUCUAUUGACAAUGUAUUUAUCGGUUCGUAGCAAAAAUGACGAAUACUUAGUAAAUAAACCAGUAUUUAUG